AUGGUGUAUAACAUAGAAAGCGUCACAUACAUGUUCCAAUAUACCACGCAUGUACUUGGAUACAUAAGUAUAAUGAUCAUUGGUCUGUACCAAUCCAAGAACGCAUCGGCGUUGGUAAAACAGAUGGAUAAAGUGGACGAACAUUUGAAGAAAUUGGGAAUUGAAAUCGAGUAUCGCAGUUUGUUUCGCCAUAUAACGAUCGUCGGAUCAUUCUGGUUACUAAAUGCCGUCGUAACAUCUGCAAUUUUCAUAAAGAUUUUAAUACAAAACAUUUUAUCGCCUCCGGCAGCAUUUAUUACCUUUGCUUACUGUUACAUAACGAACGCCCAAUCCGUCGUAUUAUACGACUACAACACAGCGAUUUAUUGGCUAGGAUCGCGAUUUAAGAUGAUAAACGAGCUUCUCGAAACGUUCCUCUUGGACAAAUACAAAGUAAAAGCAGCGGAAUCUAAUAAGGAGACCAUCUUCGAACCGAGUCAUAAUUUUCGAAAUAGAUUUGAAUUGAACAAUUGGCUGUCCAAACGAUCUUUAAAUGUUUCAGAAGUACCUACGACGAGCGGCAUUUCGAAUGUAAAACAAGAGAUCGUCCAAGAUAAAGUUCAUAUACUUCGACAAAUUAGGUCCCUGCAUCUACAAGUGUGCAAGGUAUCGAAGAUGGUGAAUGAUAUAUUCAACGCCCAAAUAUUAAUAUACACGAUCACGACAUUGCUACAUUGUACUAUAUGUGUCUACAGCUUGUACAUGAAUCUUCAGAGAGGACUGAAUUUUAUAAUAGAUCAAUUGGACAUGACAUCGAUUUAUAUGUUGGAUAGCGUCGUUGGUGCCUUGAAGAUCGCUUUAAUGAGCUACGACUGCGAAUAUACAAUGACACAGGCCAACAAAACGAUAGGAAACAUCCACGCGUAUCCUGUGCACGAAGGAAACGCGGAAUUAACAGAUGAGAUCCUCCAUUUUUCUUGGCAAAUAUCGUACACGCAACUUGAAAAAACGAAAUCGGUUCAUUAUAUAUUGAACUAUGGAUUCGUUCGUUACUGUCUCAACUUCGUAAUAUCUUAUUUGGUGAUUAUGAUACAAUGGAGUCAGCACUUGAUACGGAAUAAUCCAAUGACAAUCACAAACAAGACUACUACCUUUCAAACGCUACAAGAGAACACGACCAUAGUAGCAUAAUAGUAUAACUUUGGAUAAUUUCGAUAACGUCGUGUUAUGGAAUUAUAAAAGCCACGCAU